CACCUUGACGUAGAUACCACUUCCUUCCCACGACAGAAAGAGAGCGGGGAAAUUUGACAGUAACCGGUCAACAAAAAGCAUUAGUUUUCACUUGUGUUAUACUUUAUUAAAACGGGGGUAGUUUGUGACAAUUUGUCUCAUCAGUCAAAAAACCUUUAUUUGUCAAAACGUUAUCGGUUUAAACUGCCGUCUGAGCUAAAAUGAGAACUUUAGAGGAGGUGCAGGCCACGCUGCAGAUCGCCAAACUGAAAGAAGAGGAUCUACAGAAAACAAUCCACUGUCUGUCUUUUGGGGAGAAUGUAUCAUCUGCUGACUACUGCCUGAUGGAGCUGGACGACACACUGUGCAAACACAUAGAAGCUGGCCAAAGUCUUGUGAUUCGGGGGGAUAAAGAUGACUGUGCAGUGCUCUGUACCGGUGACAAGACCUAUGAUCUUAAAAUUGCCGACACCUCCAACCUGCUGCUGUUUGUCCCAGGAUGCAGCACACCAGACCAGCUUACUAACAGCCAGGACAGCUCUCAAGUGGUGCACACUCAGAUCUGGGGAUUUUGCAACAGCUACUGGGAACUGAGGAAACGGCGUCCUAAACUGAAGAAACUGACAAAGCUUUUAAUGGAGAAUCCUUAUGAAGGACCUGCUUUAGGAGGGCAGGAGGAGAAUACAGAGAACAGGUACACAAUGCAGGAUCUGUUGGAGAGGAUCCAGGCCAGUGAAGAGGAGAUAAAGACCCACUUAGACACCAUCCAUGCCUGUCAGAUAGAUGGCUACUGGCGCGUGCUAGACUUUGACUAUGAGAUGAAGCUGCUCAGUCAUGUGACUCAGCUGGUGGAUUCUGAGUCAUGGUCCUUCCACAAGGUGCCCCUUCAAACCAGUCUGGAAGAGUUAGCCCCACUGGAGCCCAAAGAGAUGAUCGAGCACUGUUUGAACUGCUAUGGGAAACUUUAUAUUGAAAACGACAAAGUGUUUUAUGCAUUGCAUGAGGGUAAAGUCUGUCGGGGCAUAGCGCUGAUGCUGCUGCAGAACGCUGUCAAGUUUAACCUGAGGGAGUUUCAGGAGGUCUGGCAGCAGAGCGUCCCAGAGGGCAUGAGCACAAGACUGGACCAGCUAAAGAGCGUUGCCCUGGUCGACCGCAUGUCCCGUCCAGAGACCAUCUGCCUGCUGCGGGUGGAGGAUCUGCCAGAGGACACGCUGGAGCGCUUCAACCACCUUUUCACACUCAGAGAGAAAUGGACAGAAGAGGACAUCACGCCAUACAUACAAGACCUGUGCGGAGAGAAACAGACCACGGGAGCCCUCCUCACAAAAUAUGCUCGGUCUUCAAUGCAAAAUGGGAUCAAAGUCUUCAACUCCAGACGGCCUGUGGCUACAUGAACGUGUCCACUGAACAUUUAGAAAUGAAUGUGGUUAUGUGUAUUCCCAGCAAUUGUCAAAAUUACUCAUAAUUGUCCUUUAAAAAUGCAAUUCGCAUUAUAGGUAUUUAUCAAUCAACUACCUUAAACAGUUAUUACUGCUUAAAACUGAAAUGUUAAAAUGUUUUUGUCACUAAAACAAACUUUGAUCUUUGUUAUUUCUGUUUUUGUCUGUAAAAAAUGUUACUGGUAAUAGAAUAAGCGGUCAUCAUAUUAUCACAUAGGUUGUUUUCUCAGUCUCCUGUUGACCUUAAUUAACCAGAUAUGAAUAAAUUAGUACAUUUUUCAUUUCCCACAUACAAUACAAGACAGGUGCUGUGCUGGAGGUUGUCCACAAGGUGGUGGGGUGUGCUGACAAAUAUAAGCUCCACACGCUAACGGGCUAUAACAGUAUGUACUGGCUGACGUCCAGCUGUGUUGUUCCACCUGUCUUGUUUUUUACUGGAAUCAAAUAACAAUUACUUGUAUCACAGAGAACAAGAGAUUAAUAAAUUACUUUAAAAAAUG